AUGGCUUCCAGUGCGGAGGAGCCUAAGAAGCAAACGGCGAGAUCGGAUUCCGUAUUGGCCUUCUUUCAGAUUGCAUGCGCUUUUGCAAUCGUCUUCUGUCCUUUGGUCAUCCUAGCGACGUUGUUAUGUCUUUUUGUCACAACACCAACCUGGACAAUACAACAUCCGCUGGAAGAAAAUGCGAAUCUUCCCAUUGAGGCGCUGGAAAACUCUGUGUUCUACACUGCUGUGUUUAUGGGUAAGGUCUCAAUGACCAGUUCCUUCGCCCCCAAUGUUGCCCAGUUCGCCGUGGUGCCCUUUCUUCUACUUUGCUCGUACCUUGUGGCCCUCGAGUUGGCGAAUCAACAUCGGGACAUAGGUCGAGAUGAGGCAAGAUUGUUACGAGGUGACCAAAAAGCUUUGUUGGAUUGGAUUUCUCGCAGAUUUUGCGGUGCUCGAAGGACGGAAAGAGCGGAUGGAACGAGAAUAGCCGGUAUUGGAGCUUUGAUCGCAUUCCUUCUUACUGUUCUUGUCCUCAUUGGCGAUAAGCUACUUCAAGGAACUAUGGACACCACUCUGCAGCGGGUUUAUGGCGACAACUUCAGGUACAUCGAUGCUCAAGACCAUUACGACUACAAUGGCGGUUUCAGCAUCAACGGCGCAAUUUGUGGACUUGCCGAAACUAGCCCCAACAUAUAUUACAAUAGUACUGCUCCAAAUUAUCCACCUUGCUCAAUCGACAACACAACUAGUCCUUGGACUCUUUGGGAACCUACGGCAACGUACCGAUUGCUAGCCACAGGUCUACUCAAUCAGACAAGCGACUACAACAAAGAGGAUUUCGACGCUCUAUGGAACGCCACUUAUCUGGGAACAUUCAAUCAUACGCAGCUUAUCACGCAUAUCGAUCAAGCAACCCAUGAUCAACACGUCUUUUUCUUUAAUCCGAUGCUGGCGCAGGGAAACAGGGAAAUUCAAAAGCGCGACAGUUUCAGUUUAGUAGACAGUGAUCUCGACAGAUACGGUCUUGAUUACGUCGCCAACACAACCUCUAUUAUCACAAAGUGCUUCCCAACCACUAGGGACUGUGCGAUGGACACCAUCAAUAGCAGUGAUUUGACAAUUGCAUACCACUGCUCAGACAUGUUCAGCGGUGACAUGAGCGAGAUUCCUACAAAUGGCUUAGAACGGCUGAAAGGUUGGAACACGUCGUUCUAUGAACUUGACAACGGAGUUCCACGGCAAAUUUCGAUUGCUUCACAACUGAAUCCCUUCCAUUAUAACGUCACAGCCGUGGUAGACAGCAUUAAUAUUGGUGGCCUUAUUCGAUCUAAAGACCCACAAGUUGCCCAAGGUACCAUUGUUCGAAUCGGAGACGGCCGUGUGGCAUUUUCUAUAUCAUGCAAUUCCACAGUCUACGAUGUUACAUACUCGCUCGUAGAUGGCAACAUCCACGCCUUCAACGCGACCCCAGCCGAUCCUAGCAUCGCAGCCAUCAUUAAAGCACCACUCCAGGCCGGCUUUGGAAGCUAUUCACUGUUCGAGAGAGCAGCAUUAUCCACCUUGACGAACAAUCUCACUGUUAUGGACUUGAUGGAGCUUGCCUUUAGCCAAACUUCAUUGUCACUCGCGGCUGGUGUUUAUACUCGCAUCCCGAAUCUCGAGCAACGUUGGCGUGCUGACAUGACGAUGACGCAGAUUCGCAAGGGGCCGUUCUACUUCUUAGUCAUUUUAUUUACAGUGGCUGCUCUAAGCAUCUUCAGGAGGAGCGAUGUACAAGAGGUGCAGGCCCGAUUGAUAAUGGAAGAUUGA